AUGAUGAUCUUCAUCAGGAACACGACAAAGCUAUAAAUAUUACGCUCUAUCCGUGAUAUAUGAUAAAUUGUCAUAUUGCAUGUAGCUUUUAUACAUAGGAAAAUAGUGAAAUCAUGCAGUCAUUGAUAUUUCUGGUCGUGAUUUUACCACUAGUCAACGGAUUCUGCCAUACAAGUUCUGGUAGAGUUGAUAAAACAGUUACUGGGCGAAUGAUACCAGUAUGUUCAUACAAAGGACUUGAUAUUUUGGACGGAUCUAGUUUUAGAACAGCAGAUUGUAUGGACUGUAAAUGUAGAAACAAUGGACAACUAUCUUGUUGUGGAUAUGGAAUCAACGCAGGAGUUUAUCUAUCACCUGUCGGCUGUAAAGUAAUUGCUGAUGGUUGCGAUCCAAUUUUUGUACUACAGUCAGACGAAACACGUGACUGUAAAACUGGUAAAAAGAUAGAUUUGACACUAAAACCAGAAAUAAUUCAACCAUCUUUUCCUGGAGUGUACCCUAGCACUAAUAUGUUCCCCAGCACGAGGCUGCCAGAUUUUAGAGACAUGUUGAGGAAGGGAAUGAAUUAUCAAUACAACUAUCACAGUAAAAAUGUAAGCCCGUUUGUUGGUGAAGACAUCACUGGAAAUUCAUUGAGAGAUUUAAUGUUGAAAAAUGGCCUCUUUGUCUAAUUAAAACUAAAGUCAACGUAUUUAUAACUACAUUUAUAAAAGAAAUUGUUUAAAAAAGCUAUAUAACUUUCAUUAUUAUCUUAUCAUUUUUUUAAAUUGUAAUAAAAGUAUUUCAUUAUAUUGA